AUGACACAAGUGCUCGCCCUGGCUGCUCGACACAUGGAAGCCAUCGGAGCUCCUGUUCGCCGUCACGUGGACCUGGGACAGCAGUACAAGCAGCCAGCUGGCAUCGCCGCCGCGGCUGAUGGGGGCCACUCACCCUCACCUCUCCGAUCCGCGUCAUCAAGAAAGCGGGCUUCCACCAUACACGCCGUGGAUGCCGACCGCGGCAUGCAAGAGUCCCCAAGCGCCAGCGGCGCAGGCGCCCAGAGGCAAGACACCGCCAGGGACCUCAUCUGCCUUUGCACACCAGCUCCCAAAAUCCCGAGGCCGCGAAAUGCAUUCAUUCUGUAUCGCCAGCAUCACCAGGCGCAGGUAACGGCAGACAACCCCAAGCUGUCCAACCCAGACAUAUCCAAAAUCAUCGGAGAGAAGUGGAAGAAUGAAGACGAGGAAGUGAAGCAGACUUGGAAGAACCUCGCCGAGGAGGAGAAGCAGCGCCACCAGACACAGUACCCCAACUACCGCUACCAGCCGCGCCGCGGGAACAAGCCCCAGGCUGGAUGGGGGACCACGUCGCCGACAGAGGAGCCAGGUCGAUGCCCAAAGUGCCAUGGACGAGCCGCUGCUACCCCGCAAACGCCGUCAACGCCCUUUGCAUUAUCUCCGGCGGCCAAGAUGGGGGCCGGAUCUCAAGGCAGGCCCAGCCUCCAGCGAGCAGACACGGACAGAUCUCGCCGAUCGAGCUUCGAGCAGUCGCCAACAAGUGCACUGCCAUUUCCGACCAAAUUGCCAUCCGUCAGAGAUGUCGAGAAUGGCGAGCCAACCUCCCCGGGCAUGAAGAGACGUCGGGCCAACGACGCGGGUGGAUACCAUCCCAUCAACGGAUCCCUCAGCGGUUAUGUGAGCAGGAAGCCCGGAGAAGUAGCUGUCGCGCGGACAGACGGCCCGCCGCAGACUCCUGCUCAUGCCUAUGUUCGAACGUCUCUACCUGAGCUUGGGAAUUUGCCGAGAUCUCAGAGCGGCCCGAUGCCUCCACCGUUUCGGCCAUCGCCGUCGACGUCCUGGCUGGAGAAAGACCCGUCCAAUCGACGGCACAGUGGCUUCGACGAGUCUCUUCGACUGCCGCCCCUACAGUCGUCGGUGCCACCUUCGCCGUCUCGUAUGCCCUCCUUGGAUACCCGUCGCGUCAGCUUGCCCAUGGCAGGCGUCAUGGAAUCACCCCCCCGAGAAUCUCGUGGACUAUGCAGCUCAUCUUUGGAGGGCAGCAUCAAGGCCAUUCCCCUGAGCCGCAAGCUGUCCGUGCUUGCGAGCAUCUGUCGGACCGCUCCGCCCCUGGCAAGGGAGGCUGGGCCUGGGGUCACAAGGGGUGCUUUCAUUGCGGUGGAGGGCUCUAAUGCGAGGCUGCUCCGAGAGGUGGGCGCGGCUAUCGAGAAGACACUGGUGGCGUGCGGCGACAUCGACUUGAAGGUGUGGAAGGACGAGUCGCCUCAGCAUGAGUCGGUGAUGCAGGCGUCGUCCUUGAGCCGUGCUGGUAGCAAAUUUGGCGAUUCGUUUGAACCGUAUUUCGACGUCGUAUCCUCGUGGCAGAAGAAGUCGAAGCAAAUUGGCCGCCAUAUCACUGGGAAGACGGCCCUCAUCCCCAGUGCCGAGGACCAGAGGGCAGACGGGGAGCGGGUGGUGGCCCAAGCCCGGUCGACCGAAGCGUGCACGCCGCCCGAAGACGACAAAGGACCUGGCUUGACCGUUAAGAUGCCGGUGGCAUUGGCCAGAGAUGGCUUCAGCCUGACAGUAUCGGACAGGUACGCCUGCACGAUGCCAAUCCAGGACUCGUACUCGCCACUGGAUCAUUGGCAGUGGAUGGCGUCACUGUGGCGUGGGACUGUCUGUCCGGACCUCGUGGUCCACGUCAUGCCGGCUGAAGACGACGAGGCGGGCAGUCGCAGGGUUGUCGAGCUUUCGCGGCGGCUGGGCUCGAUCCUCGUCAAGUUGCCCUCGAAUAAGGAGAUGGAUGAGGGCACCGAGAGGAGGAUAGCCUUUGAAGUGAUGGAAUGGAUGAGAGAGGGAUCGUUCCGCGAGACGCUGCCUCAGGGAUGGAGGUCAGACACUCUAUGA